GCUUGAGUGGAUCCAAUGAGGUGACGCCGCGUUCCGGGCCCGACCGCUGAAAGCAAGCCGGUGAUAAGGGAAACCAAAAAAACUACCAAGCGUGACAACAAAGAGGCUCUGAAUCAAGACAAAUCCAGGAAACUGCUCUGAGAAGCCGCUGACACUCUUAGUAGCCCCUUCACACUCUGAUUGCCAGCGGAAAGCUCACCAUGGGGAGGAGGAAGCUGCUGCUGGCUGCUCUUUUCUGCUUGGUUCUGGCAAUGUUGCCUUAUCACACAGUGACUGUAGCUGUCAUGUCAGUCGACCUGGGCAGCGAGUGGAUGAAAAUGGCGAUAGUGAAACCUGGUGUGCCAAUGGAGAUUGUUCUCAACAAGGAAUCGAGGAGGAAAACACCCACAGUUGUAUGUCUUAAAGAAAAUGAAAGACUUUUUGGAGACAGUGCACUAGGAGUGUCUGUGAAGAACCCCAGAACUGUUUAUAGACAUCUCCAAAGCAUCCUGGGCAAAAAGCAGAAUAACCCCCAAGUGGCUCUCUACCAGAAACGUUUUCCUGAGCACCAGCUGCAGGAGGACCCAGUGAGAGGCACGGUUUACUUUAAAAACUCAGAAGAAAUGCAGUACACACCUGAGGAGCUCCUUGGGAUGAUGCUCAAUUAUUCUCGUGCGCUGGCUCAGGACUUUGCAGAACAACCAAUCAAAGAUGCAGUGAUCACCAUCCCAGCCUUUUUCAACCAGGCAGAGCGCAGGGCAGUCCUGCAGGCUGCACAGAUGGCGGGUCUAAAGGUUCUUCAGCUCAUCAAUGACAACACAGCUGUGGCCUUGAACUAUGGGGUCUUCAGGAGGAAAGAUAUUGAUAACACAGCUAAGAAUGUGAUGUUUUAUGAUAUGGGCUCAGGCAGCACCACCGCUACCAUCGUCACUUAUCAAACAGUCAAAACCAAGGAGUCUGGCACCCAGCCCCAGUUACAGAUCCGAGGUGUUGGGUUUGACCGAGGGUUGGGCGGCUUUGAGAUGGACCUCAGACUCCGGGACCACCUGGCCAAACUGUUCAACGAGCAGAAGAAGAGCAAGAAAGAUGUAAGGGAGAACCACCGAGCCAUGGCCAAACUCCUCAAAGAGGCUCAGAGGCUCAAGACGGUGCUCAGUGCAAAUGUGGACUUCAUGGCCCAGGUGGAAGGUUUGAUGGAUGACAUUGAUUUCAAAGCUAAGGUGACCAGGACAGCGUUUGAAGAGUUGUGUGCUGAUCUUUUUGAAAGAGUUCCUCGCCCGGUGCAGGAUGCCCUCUCUGCUGCAGAGAUGAAGCUGGAUGAAAUAGAGCAGGUGAUUUUAGUAGGUGGCUCCACUCGUGUCCCCAAAGUCCAAGAAGUGCUGCUCAAAGCUGUGGCGAAAGAGGAGCUGGGGAAGAACAUCAAUGCAGAUGAGGCAGCAGCAAUGGGUGCUGUGUACCAGGCUGCUGCCCUCAGCAAGGCCUUCAAGGUCAAACCUUUCCUGGUCCGAGACGCAGCUGUCUUCCCCAUUCAGGUGGAGUUCACCCGAGAGACGGAGGAGGAGGGGGUCAAAACCCUGAAACACAACAAGCGUAUCCUCUUCCAGAGGAUGGCGCCCUACCCCCAGCGCAAGGUCAUCACAUUCAACCGUUACAGUGAUGAUUUUGCUUUCGACAUCAACUACGGCGACCUCAGCUUCCUGAGUCAGGAUGAUCUCAGUGUGUUUGGCUCUCUGAACCUGACCACAGUUAAACUGUCUGGAGUGGGCAGCAGCUUUCAGAAACACACAGACGCAGAGUCAAAAGGCAUCAAAGCCCAUUUCAACAUGGAUGAAAGUGGAGUGCUCCUGCUGGAUCGGGUGGAGUCUGUCUUUGAAACAAUAGUGGAGGAGAUAGAAGAGGAGUCAACAUUAACUAAACUGGGUAACACAAUUUCCACCUUGUUUGGAGGAGGAUCCGCAGAACCUGCCCCAAAUGUUACUGAACCUGUCCAGGAUGAGGAGGAAGUGCCUCCAGAGUCAGGAAAGGACGACAAGGACGAGGCCCAAAAGGAUGAGGCUGCCAAGGAGAAGCAGGACAAUUCAGAGAAAAGUGCAAGUGAAGAGAAAAACCAGGAGAAGACAGAGGAGUCAGGCAGCAAGACUGAUGCCAAAGAGGAAAAUGAUGGAGAGAAAUCUGGAAGUGUGGAGCCAGAGAAGGAGUUGGAGAAGAAGGCAAAACCUCAGAAAAAGACCAAGAUUUCUGAAGACAUCACAGUGGAACUUGUCAUCAAUGACAUCUCUGAUCCCACCGCAGAUGAUGUCACUUCCUCUCAAAAGAAGCUGCAGGAUUUGACAGACAGAGACCUGGCCAAACAGGAGAGGGAAAAGACACUUAACAGUCUGGAGGCUUUUAUCUUUGAGACACAGGACAAGCUGUACCAGGACGAUUACCAGCUGGUGGUGUCGGAGGAGGAGAAGGAGCAGAUCUCUGCUAAGCUGACAGAGGCAUCGGAGUGGAUGGAUGAGGACGGUUACACAGCCACCACCAAGCAGCUGAGAGAGAAGCUGUCUCAGUUGAAGAGCCUAUGCAAGGACAUGUUUUUCAGGGUGGAGGAGAGACGCAAGUGGCCGGACCGCCUGGCCGCUCUGGAGAGCAUGCUCAACACCUCCAGCUUCUUUCUAAGGAGUGCCAAACUGAUUCCAGAAGAUGACCAGAUCUUCACUGAGGUUGAGCUGAAUAUGUUGGAAAAAGUCAUCAAUGAAACAACGAUGUGGAAGAAUGAGACAAUGGCAGAGCAGGAGAAACGCUCUCCAAAAGAACGGCCAAUCCUACUGUCCAAAGACAUCGAGUCAAAGCUGGCUCUGCUGGAUCGUGAGGUCAACUACUUGCUGAACAAGGCCAAGUUUGCCAAGCCAAAGGCUAAAGCCAAAGCCAAGAACAGCACCAGUUCAGAUAAAAGCAGCAAGGCCAACAGCACUGCUGAGGAGAAAGUUAUCCUUCCCACAGAGGAGAGCACAGACACAAAGAGUGAAAGCCCAGAGGAGGUGCAGCCGGGCGAUGCCCCGCCCACCGAGGAGAGCACUGGUCACAUAGACUCAGACAGCCAAUCACAGCCCACAGAAGAAAGGACAACCACAGGACCUGUGGAGAAGGCCCAACAAGAAAACCACAUAGAGGAUGAAUUAUAACAGCUGGAACUGGGGGAAAAAAAUCACUCUAUUUAUUGACAGUGUAUAAAUGUUCAAGUUCAUUCUCGCUCUGUUUUUUUUUUUUUUUCCAUUUGGGUUUUCUUUUCUCUUUCUUUUUGUUUUAUUUUGUUUAUGAUGCCCCGUUUGUUGAACUGCUGGAAGCUAAAUGGAAAAGGAUAGGAGACCACUCACCUUGUUCCCCCUCUGUCUCCUGUGCCGUUCAUCUCUUCUGUCUUAAAUGGAGAAAGAACCAAAAUAACCCUCUCGAUCCAACAAAUGAUCUGAUUGACGCCGAUACAGAAGGAGGUGUAAGCUGUGCAUGGCCAUAUUGAAAUAACUAUAGACAUUUGACAAGGGUGAGUGUUGUUAUACUCAUCAUUCAACUUGUCAUUCAUAAAUUUUUCAUCUCCUGCUUUGUCCUCUGCCCUGUAUCCUCAACCAUGGUGUGUAGUUGUGAAGUUAGUAUUUGUCGCAACACCUGCCCUCCCUUUUACUCACAUUUCAUGGGAACUGAGUAAUGUGCACUGGAAACUUCAGGAGGAAUCUCCAUUGAUAGAUGAUAGAUGAUAGAUUCAUAGGUUUUUUUUUUUUUUUUUUCCAGCCUCUAACGUUUAAUAUGCCAUAUACAUUGUAGGGAAAUUUGUU